CUUUUUGUUUGAGCAAAAAUGAAGUCAAAUUGCAGUGGAAGUAGCUAAAGCUUCAUCCAUUUUUGAGCUGCACCAGAGAAUCUUAGAAGGAGGAGAGAGAUAAAGAAGCAAAGUGAUUUUGCAGGAUGGAGGUGGUUGGUGCUCAAGCAGUUGGGCAAGCUGCUGGUUCAUUGGUUGGACCAGCAGUGGAUGGUGGCAAAGGCAUAUUCAGUUGCUUGAAGCGCAAAUAUGUUUAUGUAAAAAAUAUGAGCAAGAACUUUGCUGAGCUUGAAAGGGAAGAAAAAUAUCUAUGUGACGAAGAGGAAGAUGUGAAAAUAAAACUGGAUAGGAAUAAAUUAAAAAUGGAGAAGACUCGGAGAUGUGAAACAUGGCUGAACGAGGUGGAGAAGAUUAAAGUUGAGAUAAAAGAAUUGAAGACUGAAUACCAAAAUGCCAGCAGAUUCUUGUGUGGCCUGUGCCCGCUUCCUAGUCUGCUAAAGCUUGGAAAGCAAAUUGUGAACAAGACAUCAGAGGUUCAUUCUCUGAAGAAUCAGAUUAGCCGAAUUACCAUAAUGGUUGAGAAGGCACCAUCUCCAGUUAUAAAAAAGCAUGCCAAGAAAAUUGAAGAGGUUCCAUCACUCAACAAGCAUGUUGAAAUGCUACAACAGUGUCUAAGAAAUGAUGGAUUAAAGAGAAUUUGCAUAUGGGGACCACCAGGAGUUGGGAAAACUACAAUAAUGGAAAAUCUGCAUGAUGCAGUUGGUGAAUCUCGUCAGUUUGACAUUAUCUUUUGGGUGAAUGUAACAGAUAGAAACAUAAGAGAUAUACAAGAAGUGCUUUUGAAGCGGUUAGAUCUAAAAGCGCAAGAGUACCACAACGAACAAAGAGCAGACAUAAUAUCUGAAGAGCUGAAGAGCAAGAGCUAUGUAUUGUUCCUUGAUGAAGUUUCUUCUGAGAUUAAUUUGAGAGAUAUUGGCAUUCAUGAUGAUCAUAGACAGGGAAAAGUGGUCUUUGCAUGUAGGUGUAGAAACAUUUGUGGACAGACAGAUGAAGACAUCAAUGUGCAAAGAUUGUCUGAUGAGGAUGCUCAAAAGUUGUUUUGGGAAACAGUAGGUCGAAAUUUGAAGGAUAAUAGAGACAUCAAGCCAGUUGCAAGACUAAUUGUCAACGAGUGUGGUGGUAUGCCAUACAUGAUCAGGUUGAUCGGAAAUAGCUUGGCCAAUGUCAGUAGUCCAGCAAUAUGGAGGGAUACAUUGAUUCAAUUAAGAUCACCGAGUUCCGAACCAAAGCAAGAAUUCGAAGAAGUUUACAAGUUCUUUAAACUUGUUUGUGACAAAUUGCACUUAGAAAAGCGAACUUGCUUACUAUAUUGGGCAAUUUUCCCUGCUGGCUAUGAACUUCACCAAGAUUAUAUUGUUGACUGUUGGAGAGCUGAACAGUUCUUCAUGCACCUAGAAAAGCUAGGAGAGGCACGCGAUAGAGGGCAUGCUAUUUUGGAUGAAUUUGUUCAGAAAUCUCUGUUGGAAAAGGGAAGGAAUGUGGCACACUACAAGAUGUUUGAGCAUUUUCAACGGGUAGCAUUAAGAAUCGCCAAUCUCGAUGAGAAAAGUUUCAGAAUUUUGGUGAAAGAAGGAGAAAAAAUCAGAGAAGAAGAAUGGGAACAUGCAAACAGGAUCUCCCUUAUUCGUUUCUGUUUAUCAACUCUACCAAGAAGGCCCAAAUGUUGUAGAAUCUUAACUUUGUUACUUCAAGAAAGUAACUUGGCAGAAUUUCCGGGAUCAUUCUUUGGGUAUAUGUGUAGCCUUCGACUUCUUGACUUGCAAAAUACAGGAAUCAAGUUACUUCCAUUGUCUAUCUCCAGCUUGAUAAAUCUCAAAGCUCUUUUCCUAAACAAUUGUAUUCAAUUACAGCAGUUGCCUGCUGAGGUGGGCGAUCUCCAUAGUCUUGAAAUACUUGAUAUACGUCACACAGGAAUUUAUAGUUUGCCAACUGAUAUUGGACACUUGACCAAUCUCAAGUGUUUGAGAGUUUCAUUUCCAGAAACUGUUGGGAAUCACAAUCAUACUGAGGCUGGAUUGAGUGAGAUGAUUUCUUCUAAUGUAAUUGCGAGGCUGUAUUCGCUGGAAGAGUUGAUUAUUUCUGUGGAACCCAACAACAGAAGAUGGAAUCAAAUUGUAGAAAAUAUUGCUACAGAAAUUGCUGCACUAGAAGACUUGACUACUCUUAGUUUUUGCUUUCCUAAGGUGGAUUGCUUCCAGACUUUUAUUAAUACAAGUAAAUCUUGGAAUGGAAACAAAACACUUUGGAGCGGCAACAGCUUUAGAUCAUUCAACAUCUUUGUUGGUUCUCACCAUCGAAGCAGCUCUCUUUCCGAAGUUGAUAUCUCUGGAUGCUCAGCAGAAAAGCAAUUUAGAUUUUCUGAUGGUGAAGGAUUCCCUGAUGCUGUUUUAAAGAUAUUGGAGCAGUCUUGUGUUUUCGAGCUCAUUGGUCAUCGUACUGCUACCAACUUAUCAGUUUUUGGUGCUGAUAAAUUAGGAGGGCUUGAAGUUUGUAUAAUUGAUGAUUGCAGUGAAAUGACAAGCAUCAUCGAUAAUAAUGUUACAAGAGGAGUUGUAUUUCAGUGCUUGAGGAAGCUAUAUAUAAAAGAUCUCCCAAAUUUGGUUGAUAUUUGGAAAGGUUCUAUAGAAUCACAAAGCCUCAGCAUGCUCACAUCUCUGACGAUGAAAGGAUGUCAUAGCGUGAAGACACUUUUAUCGCAAGAAAUGGUUCUACAACUUAAGCAGCUACAGCAUCUACAAGUUGAGUAUUGCAGAGGGCUUGAAGAGAUUAUUGAUGCCAGAAAUGUUGUUGGAUCUACUGCCUUUCUCAAACUGAAAAAUUUGCAACUCAUUAAUUUGCCAAGUUUGUCAAAAAUAUGCCACAAUAUAUCAUUCGCAUGGUUCUCUCUGGAGACAGUAAUGAUCAAAACUUGUGAGGAGCUAAAAGAUUUCCCAUUUACUGUCGAGAAUGCAACCAAAUUGAGAGCAAUCUGGUGCACUCAAGCUUGGUGGAACCAGUUGGUUUGGCCAAAUGCUGAUGUUAGAGAUCAUUUUCAUAGUUUUCAUCAGUUCGUAUGAGGAAACUCAAAUGCACACAACUGUUCAAUUUAUAAUUUUUGUAUUAAAUGGGCUUAAAGAACAGCUGGUGCUUUCGAUUUGGUUUUUAGUGUGGAUUGUUG